AUGCCCCCGCGGGAGCUAAGCGAGGCUGAAUCGUCCCCGCUCCGGUCCCCGACACCUCCCCCGGGACGGGGCAGCGCGUCCCCCGAGCUGGGCAUAAAGUGCGUGCUGGUGGGCGACGGCGCGGUGGGCAAGAGCAGCCUCAUCGUCAGCUACACCUGCAAUGGGUACCCCGCGCGCUACCGGCCCACAGCGCUGGACACCUUCUCCGUGCAAGUCCUGGUUGAUGGAGCCCCGGUGCGCAUUGAGCUCUGGGACACAGCGGGACAGGAAGACUUUGACCGCCUUCGCUCCCUCUGCUACCCGGAUACAGAUGUCUUCCUGGCCUGCUUCAGUGUGGUGCAGCCCAGCUCCUUCCAAAACAUCACAGAGAAAUGGCUGCCGGAGAUUCGUACUCACAAUCCCCAGGCGCCUGUGCUGCUGGUGGGUACCCAGGCCGACCUGAGGGAUGAUGUCAAUGUACUGAUUCAGCUGGACCAGGGGGGCCGGGAAGGCCCGGUGCCUCAACCCCAGGCUCAGGGUCUGGCUGAGAAGAUCCGGGCCUGCUGCUACCUGGAGUGCUCUGCCUUGACGCAGAAGAACUUGAAGGAGGUGUUUGACUCUGCCAUUCUCAGUGCCAUUGAGCACAAAGCCCGGCUGGAGAAGAAACUGAACGCCAAAGGUGUGCGCACCCUCUCCCGCUGCCGCUGGAAGAAGUUCUUCUGUUUUGUUUGA